UAAUAGUCGGUUUUCUUAUUCGUCUGUUGGAUUUCUAUCAAAAUUACAAUCUUAAAGUGUCAGUAAAAGUAAAUAUCUCUGCCACCAAUGACACAAUUAUUAGUAUUUUUAGAAACAUAUGAGUGAAUCACUGAAAUUGGUGUUGGACUGGGAUUUUGGAGUUCGUCUUGUACAAAAUGAUGGUACUAAUUGUGUUUUGUUAUUCUCACAGCUUCGAGAGUAUGCAGAGACUUUGUGACAAGUACAACAGGGCCAUCGACAGCUUCCACCAGCUGUGGAAAGGCACGACCCAGCCCAUGAAGCUGAACAAGCGACCUUCCAACGGGCUGCUGAGACACAUCCUGCAGCAGGUGUACAACCACUCAGUGACCGACCCCGAGAAGCUCAACAACUACGAGCCCUUCUCCCCCGAGGUGUACGGAGAGACCUCCUUCGACCUGGUGGCUCAGAUCAUCGACGAGAUGGAAAUCAUGGAAGACGACACCUUUGUUGACCUCGGCAGCGGAGUGGGGCAGGUAGUGCUCCAAGUUGCAGCAGCAACCAACUGUAAACACUACUUCGGUGUAGAGAAAGCAGACAUUCCAGCUACCUAUGCAGAGAGCAUGGAUAACGAGUUUAAGAAGUGGAUGAGAUGGUACGGAAAGAAACAUGGGGAGUACACACUGGAGAGAGGGGACUUUCUCUCUGAAGAAUGGAAGGAAAGAAUUGCCACCACAAGUAUUAUUUUUGUGAAUAACUUUGCCUUUGGUCCAGAGGUAGAUCACCAGCUGAAGGAGCGUUUUGCUAACAUGAAGGAAGGUGGAAAAAUUGUAUCUUCCAAACCUUUUGCACCUUUAAAUUUCAGAAUAAACAGUCGAAACUUGAGCGACAUUGGUACGAUAAUGCGCGUGGUGGAGCUCUCUCCAUUGAGGGGCUCUGUGUCCUGGACUGGGAAGCCAGUUUCCUACUACCUGCACACCAUAGACCGCACUAUAGUAAGCACUGACGCUCCUGAAGAAGGAUCCACAUGCUGACACUAGAACGUCUAUUAGAGGAGAUCUUGACAAACCAAUCGAAUGACUGCUGAGGCGGUACAAACAUAUUCUGCAUCAGAGACAAAAAACGCACCAAACUCCUGAGAUGGGCUGACUCACUUUCUUAAUGAGCAGUCAGUCCCAGGAGUGAUUAACCUGAGGAAAGCAGAGGGUAACACAUUAGAUCAGAGGUCGCGUUAACCGAAUAUUUUCCGUCUAUGAGGUGACGCUAACAAUGACGAAAAAAUC